CGUGUGCGAGUAACCAGCCGGCGUGAUUUCAUCCCGAAAAAUCAUUUAUGAAUCAUGAUACACGUUCGGGGCUUCGGAGUACCGGCUCACCAACGAAGGAUCGGAAUACCGAGUGCCCGGAAACAAGACAUCGGGGAUUGACUGCGUCUGAGUAAGUAUGUAUCUGCCGUCAGACGCACGCACGGCCCGGAGGUUGCGGAUUUAAGCGGUUCGGCUGAUGCUCUAGCCGGGGAACUUGCAAGAUGCCGCCACGGCGGGCUAGAAUGGCCCGGUCUUGGGGCGUGAUUGUCGUUAUAUAUUCCGCGGCGGCCUGAGGACGAAUAUUAGAAAUUCGGAAUUCAUCACAGCAAACAUCAGCACCAGUACUCCCAUAGUAGCUACCUCAAUCACAAACCAUCCCACCACUGCCAUGUCUUACACCAACACCACCACCGGCAGCGAGAUUGCCGAUCUCUUCGCCUCGCAGAUCACGGGGAAGACCUUCGUGAUAACCGGCCCCUCGAACGGCAGUAUCGGCGCACAAACCGCGCUCGACUUUGCCGCGCACAACCCCGCGCGGAUCAUCCUGCUUGGCCGCAGCGAAUCCAAGGUAUCGCCGGUUCUCGCCGCGAUCGCUGCGCUGGCGCCGUCCGUGCAGACGAAGUUCGUGCAGGUCGACCUGGCGGACCUCGCCUCGGUGCGCGCGGCCGCGGAGCAGAUCCCGACCGGCGUCGAUGUCCUGGUCAAUAACGCGGGAGUGAUGGCGCUGAAGACGUACACGAAGACCUUUGAUGGCUUCGAGGCGCAGUUUGGCGUGAACUUCCUCGCGCAUUUUUUGCUCGCGAAUCUCCUGCUGCAGCAGGGGAAGCUGGAGAGGGGCAGCAGGGUCGUUAAUGUUACCUCCGCCGCGGCGAAUAUGGAAGGCUUCCGGGAGGACGACUGGAACUUUUCCGACGGGGAAACUUACCACCCCUGGCUCGCAUACUGCCAGUCCAAGGCGGCAAACAUCCUCUUCACCAGUUCUCUCGCGGAGAAGGCGAAGGCCCGCGGAGUGCUGUCCUUCUCCGCCCACCCUGGCCUCAUAAACACCACCGGCCUAGCAGACGACGUUAGUGCCGAGUCGUUCGCGGAGGCGUGGAAGCUAGGGACCGAGAGGAACGGAGGUGUCCCGCCAAUCGAGGUGGUGAAAUCGCUGGCGGCAGGAUCAGCUACGUCUGUGAGGGCGGCUUUGGACCCGACUUUGGAAGACGAGUCCGGUGCGUAUAUGAAGGAUGCCACUGUGGUCCCCAGGGAGAGCAUGAAGGAACACCUUACGGAUACAGAUGCGGCGGCGAAGCUCUGGACACUGGCGGAGGAGCUGGUCAGCGUGAAGGUUGACUUCUAGACUCCAGACUCUGUAUAUAUAGAGAGAGGGUGGAAGCAAUGUGGCCUCGAGGAAGAAGAUUAAACUUGUGUAUGACGAUCCAAGGAGUCGUGGACUCGGCGACGCAAUCAAGACACAAGAGAUUAAGUUGGAAUCGAUUAAGCAUAAACCGCGUAGCCCGUCUGGAUGUACUCGCGUCCAGUGUCCAGUAUCCAGUAUCCACGUACUCGAUGCAUGCAUCACUCUUGACUCUCGACUCGAGGGGUGAGGGUUUGGAGCUCUGGCCGACGCAAUUGUUUAUCGCAAUACUGAUGCGUCUCCCGGGCUACGUAGGGGAUUGGGAUCCAGGCGGAACUAGGCACCACAUACUUUGGUGGAUGGGAUAGCAUUUAGGGUUGGAAGUUGGGACUUGGGAGACGGAUUCGAUUGCGCGGUG